GGAGCCCGCCUCGCCGCCCGGCCCCUUCGCAUUGCGCAUGGGCCCUCCCCGCCGGGUGGCCAUGUUGCAGCCCUAGCAGGCAGCCAGGAGGAGGGCCGGGGAGCGCAGCGAUGGCCGUGGCCGUGGGCAGACCGGCGAGCGAUGACCUUAGGAACCUGUCCCUCUCCGGCCACGUGGGCUUCGACAGCCUCCCCGAUCAGCUGGUCAACAAGUCGACGUCCCAGGGCUUCUGCUUCAACAUCCUCUGCGUGGGUGAAACUGGCAUCGGCAAGUCAACGUUGAUGGACACUCUGUUCAACACGAAGUUUGAAAGUGAGCCUGCAACACACAACGAGCCUGGCGUGAGAUUAAAAGCCAGGAGUUACGAGCUCCAGGAGAGUAAUGUCCGUCUGAAGCUGACUAUUGUUGACACAGUUGGAUUUGGUGAUCAAAUUAACAAAGAUGACAGCUACAAGCCCAUAGUAGAAUACAUCGAUGCACAGUUUGAAGCCUACUUGCAAGAAGAGCUGAAGAUCAAACGAUCCCUGUUCAAUUACCAUGACACCAGAAUUCACGCCUGCCUGUAUUUCAUUGCACCAACUGGACACUCGCUGAAGUCUCUGGACUUGGUCACCAUGAAGAAGCUUGACAGUAAGGUGAACAUCAUCCCCAUCAUUGCCAAGGCUGACACCAUCGCAAAAAACGAGUUGCACAAGUUCAAGAGUAAAAUCAUGAGCGAGCUGGUCAGCAACGGUGUCCAGAUCUACCAGUUCCCAACGGAUGAAGAGACAGUGGCCGAGAUAAAUGCCACAAUGAGUGUCCACCUUCCAUUCGCUGUAGUUGGCAGCACCGAAGAAGUGAAGAUUGGCAAUAAGAUGGCCAAAGCCAGGCAGUACCCCUGGGGUGUCGUGCAGGUCGAAAAUGAAAAUCACUGUGACUUUGUGAAGCUGCGGGAGAUGCUGAUCCGAGUGAAUAUGGAGGAUUUGAGAGAGCAGACACACACCCGACACUACGAGCUGUACAGGCGCUGCAAGCUAGAAGAAAUGGGAUUCAAGGACACGGAUCCAGACAGCAAGCCUUUCAGUCUCCAAGAGACUUACGAAGCAAAGAGGAACGAGUUCCUGGGUGAACUCCAGAAGAAGGAGGAUGAAAUGAGGCAGAUGUUUGUCAUGAGAGUGAAGGAAAAGGAAGCAGAAUUGAAAGAAGCUGAGAAAGAUCUUCAUGAAAAGUUUGACCAUCUAAAGAGGACUCACCAAGAAGAGAAGAAAAAGGUGGAAGACAAAAAGAAGGAGCUUGAGGAAGAGCUGAACAACUUCCAAAAGAAGAAGGCAGCAGCUCAGCUAUUACAGUCACAGGCUCAGCAGGCAGGUUCUCAACAAACCAAGAAAGACAAGGACAAGAAAAACUCCUAGAGUCUUGCUGUGCUGGUGCCUUGAGUCCUGCCUGUAGCUCUGGCCUUCGUGUCUCCAGAAGGACGUAGUGGAGGUAGAGAAGGGCACUGUAAUGAUAAAUGGGAUGGAGCAGCAGCCGGCCAGGUGAGACCACAAAGGCUAGGAGGCCUCGGUUUGGAGAGGGUAGAGCUGAGAUGAGAGAGGAUCGGCCCCGCUGUGAGCUGGAGGUUGCAGCAGAUGUCCUCUAGAGGUCUCUUCCAGCCUAAAUUUUUCCGAGUUUGCAUUACAAAGUCCACACCAUUGUGCUGGCAGCGGUUCCUACCUGCUGGUAACCAAACCCGCGGGACUAGAACUGGGGGGGAAACUCGGUCACGGAGGAGGGAAUCUGCUCAAAACAUUGAGUAAUUUUCUUGCAGAGCAGGGAGUAGAUUUCCAGAAUUUGUUGCCUUGGGUGAAGGAGGCAGAUAGUAUCAACAGGAGUUUAAACAAUAAAUAAAUAGGUGAAUGCAUCUAUAAGGAAUUUUAGGGGAAUGAAGCGGGAUGAAAUUUCUGACAUCCCCAGUCUGGUUGUGGUGGAUACUGGGGCAGACGGAGGGGAGCGAGCACCAGGAGACAUGUAGGGGCACUGCAGGCAGAGUUUGCACUGAGACGUGCGUGUGGACGAGGGGCUGGAGCUGACCUGGGGGGGUGACACUGGGACGGUGACAACAUGCUGCUUGGCUCACUCCCUCCCGCACACCCAGCUGUUAGGGGAGGAGGUGUCAGCACGGGGAGGGGAUGGCAGUGUGGAAUGUGUUGUUGGACAGCCCAGAGCUAUUAAUUGUCACUCGGCGUCACAAAACAUCCCCAGCAGAGCUGGAAAGCUCUUCACCCAGAAGAGCAAGCGGGUGCCCAACUUUAAAAUGCUUAUGGGCUUAACCCUUCUGUCACUGCUGGAGAGUAAAAAUGGGUUUUAAGGAAGUCCCCAAACCCAGAGCUGUGAACAGCUUCCAGGUUGGACAUGCUUCAUGGCACCGAGGGGUGUUUUGUGGUGUCGUGCUGCCAUGGGCUGGGUUACGGCAUGCCUACGGGAGGGGUCCAGGAUGUCAACCCACCAGCUACUUGAGAAUGAGGAUUUCCCCCAUGUUUGGUACCUGCAGUUCUCACUUAAGAGACAAAAAUACUUCAUGAAUGAUCCCUGGCUGAGCAGGGUGGAGGAAGUGUAGCAGUGCUUCCCUAAGGCAGCAUUGAAAUAGUGGAGAAAAUUGCCAGGAGGUUAUUGUUAGCACAUCUCCCAAGCAAGCACCUCUUGGGCAUGGAGGAAGGAUGAGGUGUUGCACAGCAC